AUGAACCGCUCACUCGUCGGACUCUUCUUCCUUGCAUUUGUUGUUUGCUCGGUUUUGGCUGAUACUUUUACAAUAAACGUAGCACCUGGCGGAGCAAACAAGUUUGACCCUGCUACCACUAACGCCAAAGUAGGCGAUACGAUCCAAUUCAGUUUUCAAUCUGGAAGAAACUCAGUCGUCGAAGCUAGUAACAGUACAUCAUGUAUCCCACUUCCCGGUGGAAUUGACUCUACCGUAAAGAAUUCAGGUGACACAUUCCAGCUCACGCUCACUGAUGCAAAGCAAACGAUAAACUUUUACAACGGCGUCAACAAUUUAUGCAGUGCAGGAAUGCGUGGUUCCAUAACAGUUCAAGGUGCUAAAGCCGCUUCUACCGAUGGUAGUAGUGGCAGCAGCAGCGACGGCAGUGGCAGUGGUGGUUCAGGUGGUGCCUCGGCAGCUACUUCAUCAAGUAUUGUGUCUUAUGGCGUUCUCGUCGCAUCGGCCAUUGUUGCAGUCUUUGCCUCUUUUUAA